AUGAAAGACACGGCCAAGGCUAGCACAGGGAUAAAAGACACGGCCAAGGCUAGCACAGGAAUAAAAGACACGGCCAAGGCUAGCACAGGAAUAAAAGACACGGCCAAGGCUAGCACAGGAAUAAAAGACACAGCCAAGGCUAGCACAGGAAUGAAAGACACAGCCAAGGCUAGCACAGGAAUAAAAGACACAGCCAAGGCUAGCACAGGAAUAAAAGACACAGCCAAGGCUAGCACAGGAAUAAAAGACACAGCCAAGGCUAGCACAGGGAUAAAAGACACAGCCAAGGCUAGCACAGGGAUAAAAGACACGGCCAAGGCUAGCACAGGAAUGAAAGACACGGCCAAGGCUAGCACAGGGAUAAAAGACACAGCCAAGGCUAGCACAGGAAUAAAAGACACGGCCAAGGCUAGCACAGGAAUGAAAGACACGGCCAAGGCUAGCACAGGAAUGAAAGACACAGCCAAGGCUAGCACAUGA